AUGGCGGGGAUGGGGAAGUUGGUGGUUUUAUGGGUUGUCUAUGUAUUGGUUAUAUUAGCUUGGGAUAUUGGUGUUGAAGGAAGGAGGCUGGAGGAAAAGAAGGGCCGUGGCUCUGGCCCUGGGGAAGUGAAGAAGCCAGAGUGGUUUUUCGAUGGUUUUCCGAGCUGGGGUGGCGGCAAAGGAUUGGGGUUUGGGCAUUCUAUUAGUUUUGGCAAAGGUUACGGGUCCAAUUUUGGUUUUGGAUCCAAACCUGGGUUUGGUUUAGGAAAGCCUGGUUGUUUUGGGAAAGGCAGUGGUGUAGCAGGUGGCAUUGGCAGCGGAGGCGGCUUUGGUGGCUUUGGCAGUGGGGGUGGGUUAGGUGGUGGCAUUGGCGGUGGGGGGAAGCCGCAUAAGAAAAAUGAUGACAAGAAUCAUCAAGCUGGUGGUGGACUAGGAGGAGGCGUCGGCAAAGGAGUGGGAGGUGGUGCAGGGGUGGGUGGUAAGGGCGGUGGCCGAGGUAUUAGAGGUGGAUUUGGUGGAGGAAUUGGCAAAGGCAGCAGUAGUUCCGGAGGAGGGAUUGGUGGUGGGCUUGGGGGUAGUUCUGGCGAAGGGGGUGGCAUUGGAUUUGGUGGAGGAAUGGGGAAAGGGAUUGGUGGUGGGGGAGGUUUUGGUGGCGGCGGUGGCUUCGGUGGAGGUGUUGGUGGCGGCUUUGGAGGAGGCACCGGUGGAGGUGGAGGUGUUGGUGGCGGUUUUGGAGGUGGUGGAGGCGGUGGAGGCUUUGUUGGUGGCAAGAACUAG